AAUUUCCUGUCGAGUCAACUUGGGUUACACAGGGACCAAAUUUUAGCAUAUGAUGCUUUUGUAAUCAGCGACACUUUGUUUAAAGUUAAAAUGGGAAAGAAUUUUGACGAACCACAAUGAGUGGACAACUGAAUUACAAUGAGUGGACAAACUGACAAUCUUAUUGGGGACCAGCCUGUUACUAGUCCCAGUGUAUCGGAUGAAAUCCUCUAUGAACUUGGAUAUUCCAUAAGUCCGUCACAAGAGGAAAAUGAGGGGGCUGAUGAAUUGACUCCAAAAACUGUUGGACAAUUGGAAUCAAAUACAGAUUUGACCAGCAAUGGCCCUUGUUUAAAUUUAGGUCCAGAGUUGCCCAAAGAAUCUGAGAAUUCUCUUCAAAAAGAAGGUAGUGUUUUGACUGGAGAGGAACAGAGCUCUGAAGAACCUGACUUUCAGAUAGGUAUAGAUUCUUCAGCCAUAAAAUAUCCUGGACAUAAAUUAAAAGACAAAAAGUACUUGCAGAAAAUCAAAAAGAGAAAAAGACGAAGAAAGCACACAACUUGUUCACCAACCAAGCUUGAAGCCAUCUGCAGGGAGAUGUCUGGACUGGUCGUGUCUGAAGAUGAUACGUCAGCCAAUGAAACUUCUCCAGAGUCACUGAAUUCGGAGGAAGGGGGGAUACAUCAAGAUAUUGCAAACAAUAGACAUACAGAAGAUCAGAAAGAUCAGAAUGAUGAAAAUGAAGUAAUGCAGCAGAGCAGCUUAGAGGGGGCAAAGAAAGACCAUGACAGCAACACUAACAUGGAGAGUAACUCUAAAGAGCUUAGUGAGCAUAAUCAGGAUGAAGAACUCACUGCAGGUUCAAAGGUAAAACAGUGUGUAAAUGUCAGAGAGCUCAGUCCAAGUGAUGAGGCAAGAGAAAAUCUACCUAGUCUAACAGAUACCUCCCCAAAGUGUUCAAAAUCGGACAAGGAAGAAGAUGUAACAAAUUUUGCAGACAUGACUGAAGUGACAAGUACAGAUGUUGAUGGCUUCAUUUUCAGGUCCUUUAGUAAUGAGGAAACUGCAUGUGAAAGCUCUGUCAAAGAUCCAAGCAGUUCUCUGUCCGCUUCUGAUUUGUCUGGAAAAAACGAUGUUUGCAAGGAGUAUUCUUAUGAAGACCUAUUUGGAAACAUUAAGAAGUGUUCCAUAAAAGUGAGAAGGCUAAGUGAGGAAUCCAUUGCCGUAUACACUGGAGGGUCUCCAAAGAAACAAACAUCUGAAGUGUCUUAUGCCUCAAGCAGUAAAAAACCUCUUCCCGAGCCACCUGUUCAGAGUGAACCCUUGUUUCAUGAACCACCUGCUCAAAGUCUACAAAGUGAAACUGAUGAAGAGACAGUUGUGAAAAAUAAAGCAGAAACUACUGAAACUUCAUCAGAUAAUCUAAAAGAAAAUUUCGUGAACUUAAAGCCAUUAUCAGUAAGAGUGCGUCGUUUGAGUGGUGAGUCCAUUGCAAGCUACACAGGCAGUGCGAUGUCUCCGCAGAAGGGAAAAAAUAAAGAUGGUGAAUUCAAAGUCCCAGAAAAUCCCUCCAAAUUGAAAUCCAAUGACAGAAGAAGAUCUGAGAGGUUUACAAAAACUGAAAAUCUAUCACCAGAUCAUCAAUUGAAAAAGCAGAUACCAAGUCCAAGUAAAAGUGUUAAUAUGAGGGCCAAGGAAAAGUCAAGCAAUUCAGUUACCAAUCAAACUCAAAAACCUAAGAAUUCAAGGAUGUUAAGAGGUGAAAAACAGGAGGAACAGAAAGAUACCAUGACUAGCAGUAGGAGGGGUAGAAGAGGUAGGCCUGGAUUGUUUGAAAGUAUUAGUGAAAUCAACUUCAAGCAUGAUCUCAAAUCAAACACCGUCAUCAAGAAAUUGGAAGAGAGGAGGAAUGAACAUGCAAGACAUUCUAAAAAUUCACUUCUGCUCGAAAAGUUUAGUGAAAUUUCUAGCAAAAAGUUUUUAGAACAGAUUAAGAAGUGUUCCGUGAGUCUUGAAAAAAUUGUUAUAGAUUCGUCCCUGACUAAGAUAAAAGAAAAACCAAAGGCAGCUGAUGACAAGAAAAGUUCUGACUUUGACAACUUUAAAGUACCCAUGGAGCCCAAGUUAUACCUACAACAGAGAAGAUCUGGUAGGAGAACUAGUGCUUCCACAAUCAGUUUGUCUCCAGGAUCAAGUUCAGAAAAGAGUUCAAGCACCAGAGCUGUUCAUAAACCAAAGCAGAAACCUAUGUCUUUUCAACGAGAAACAGCUAGUGAAGUUAACUAUGGAACUAGGACAGUGAGGUCACAGUCAUGGCAAGAACAAUUCAUUAAAUCAUUAGCAAACACUUCACCUUGUCAAUCACAGAACGAAAUCGAAAAAGAAAGUUUUAACAAUGAUAGAACAGUGAAUACCAAGAGAACUUCCCCUCGAACAAGAAAACUUAGUGAAGUUUCAGCUGAAAAUACUGAGAUUCAGAAUAAAAGUAAGAAGUCCACAAAUAGUAAAGGAAGUCAACAAGAAAGUAUGAAAGCCAGUCAGUCAUCCCCUAUAAAACUAUGUAGUGUGAAUAUUCCAAGACUAAGUAGCAGUGAGAUUGCAAAAUACAUGAGUAAGAAUGUUGGGAUUUUUGAUGACAUAGUCAAAGAGUUGAAAAAAAGAACUGAAAAAUCAAUUUCAGAUGAAAUAGUGAGGGAAACUGCUGCAAGAAACAGCUCUUCAGAGUUUCUAGUUCCAACUCUACCUGUCAGAAAAAGGAGGAGAAGUGGAGAUACCAUGUCCAGUUUGUCCAAAUGGAGCACCAGGAGGCAGCCAUUGAAGAUCCCUAAACCAAACACACGAAAAGCUCAGAAAAAGAAAUGGAUAGACAUGGAGAGUGUUGAUAGUGAAUCAUCAGUGAGGCCAUGUAGUGUAAAACUCAUGAGACUUGAUCCAGAUUCUGUAUCAAACUGUCCACACGACUUGAAUCAAACUGGUGACAGAAUGCCCAAUCAAAUUGAUAAUCCUGCCCUCAAUGUAAUAAAUGUGGACCAAGUGGUAGAUGAUGAACUGUACUGUUUGAGAAGAUUUUUACAGGUGCCUAUAAUACCUGAACCUGAACUUCAGGCUACAGCAAUGGCUGAAAAUAUAUCUGCUGGAAAAAAGGAAGUUCCUAAAUUGAAGUCAUGUUCAGUUGUGCUAAAAAGGAUAACUAAGAAACAGAACUUAAAAUCUGUGAAUAUCAAGAAAGUGAUUGCUAAGCAGCUUGCAGACAAUGUGGCCUUUUCUUCUGGAAGUGAAUCAAAUCAUGAUGAAGAAGAAUCCUGCAUGGAUAUUGACAAACUUUUGUUUUCUCUGAAGGAGACCACUGGUGCUAAAGCUCAGUUGGAUGAACCCACAAAGGAAGACUUGCCAGAAGUAGGAGAAACCAUUGAUAGGGUGACAAAAGAAUUAGAAAACAUCAAUAGUAGGGAAGAGGAUGUUAACAUUUGUGGGACAAAUGACCAAGCAGAUGAAGAAAUAACUAGCUUGCCAUUACCUGUUAGUGAAAAUGAAGAUGGAAAAAAGGAUAAAGCAAUUGCUGAACAGAGUAGAUUGAGAACAGAGGACAGUAGUGAAGACAUAGUAUCUAUAAGUGUUAUUUCUACUGAAUUCAUCAUGGCUGAAGAGAAACCUGCUGAAAAUAUAGUCCCACCUGUAGACCAAGAAAGUGUACCACUGACUUUAGAUGCAAUAUAUGAAGAAACCAAAAGGCAGUGUACAGAGAAAGUGGGCAACAGGGAUUUUGAAGUCAGUGUUGAGGUGCAUAAGAACCUGACAGAAACUGUGAAAUUGAUAGAAAAAAGAAAACCGGAGUCUGAUAUCUGGAGUGAUAGUCUUCCAGAUUUAGACUUAGAUGAUGCAAAUGUGGAGAAAGCAAAAGAAAUCCAGUCGGAAAGCUUGUCAACUGCCAGUGUAUGUUCAACCAGUAACUCUUCUGUCAAGGAGGAUGGUGGAAAGGAAAAAAGCACAAAACUACACAGAGACUAUUUUAAUUUGGCAGACAUGACAAAGAAAUGUAGUGUAAGGUUGGAGAAAAUCAGUAUGAAUGUCAAAGUGUAGCCAAUGACCACCAUUUUGGGUUUUUUUUUUCAAAAAUCAUGAUAAAAACAAGUUUUGUUUUGUCAUUUUUGAUUGGUUGAUUUUGUAUUGUUUGUUGACUAGUUGGGAUGUAUGAUUAGGAAUCUAUAUAUAUUUUUACCUACUAAUAUUUUAGUAUUGAAAUUUAGCAUAUCUCUUGUGAAGAACAUAUGAAAAAUCACAUUUCAGCAAUGCUCAUGAAUAUACCAUCUUUAAACAUGUUUUUGUGGUAAAAUAUGAAAACCAAAUAUGUUCACAUGCAGUAUUAGAUGUUUCUUUAAAUUUAAGAAAUUUUUAACCAAAAAAAAUUCUCUUUUUCAAUUUUUAAGGAAAUCUUUGACCUGAAGCUAGGUUCAAAGAUGAGUUUAGUUAAUGAUAUGUGCGCAAGAAAAAUGUUUUGAUUAAAAUUUCAUUUAGAGUGGAAACGUAAAGUUUUGUUUCAACUUUUGGAAUGCAAAGUUCUUUAAUGUGUGAUGUUUACCGGAUUGAAAUAUCAGGCUUUACAAGUAGGAAAAAAAAUGUAAAACUAAAUUUUUAGAAUUAUACUUCCAUAUGAAAUAAAACCUUAUUUCUUUAUGAAAAAAGAUGGUAUAAGCAUAUUUGUUCUAUCAUUUGCCUCCGUAAAGGUCCCCGGCAUAAGGCCAGAUAUGUUUAUUGUGAUAACCUAGCUAGCUUUCCUUGUAAUUAAAAAAGAGGAAUGAAUUGUAAAUUGAUAUUAUGGAUAAAGUGUGAUUUUUGCCAUAUUGUGAUUGUUUACAGGUUAUGGCUAGGCAACCGUUGAAAGUUAAAGUUGUAGGCCCAAACAAUUUUCAUUUGUUUUAAUGUAAGUUUACCAACUUCUGUUUUCAUUUGAAUAUCUUUCAUUUGAGCUUUUAUUUAAAGCAAUUUGAGCUGCAUUUUUAAUAGUUUUAUU